GGAGCUUCCCCGCCUCCCCUAUUAUCCCCAUCCCUCCUCGCGUCGGAGGCGCUCUAUUGGUUCCUUCCUUCCUCCGGCGGUUGCCGUCGACGGAGCGCUCGCGCGGCGGCGGUUGCGGGAGAAGCAGCAGCAGCAGCAGCAGCGGCAGGAGGGAGAAAGAAGACUCCGCGCCGGCGGGCGCAGGAAGCCGAAAAGGCGCAUUUCCUCGUUGCGGAAACAACAAGAAAGAAGGAUAUCGGCCCGCCCGCUCGGUGACGAGCGACGCGGCGACGUGCGGCGCGCGGACUUAUUUUUUUUAAAUUUUUUCUCUUUUGUUGACCGUUUGUCGACCCCCCCCCCCCACCCCGGGCUCGUUUCCUCCCCCCCCCCCCAGUCGUCUCCUUAUGGGAUUAUAGCGGCGUUGGCGGCGGCGGCCCCAUGUUUUCGCCCAGCCAGGAGGAGCACUGCGCGCCCAACAAGGAGCCCGUCAAAUACGGCGAGCUGGUGGUGCUGGGAUACAAUGGCUCCCUUCCUAAUGGUGACAGAGGGCGGCGGAAAAGCAGGUUUGCUCUCUAUAAGCGACCCAAAGCCAACGGCGUCAAACCCAGCACUGUUCAUGUGAUUUCAACACCUCAAGCAUCCAAGGCCAUCAGCUGUAAAGGGCAGCACAGCAUCUCCUACACACUCUCCAGAAACCAGACAGUCAUUGUGGAAUAUACCCAUGACAAAGAGACAGAUAUGUUUCAGGUUGGCAGAUCAACGGAGAGCCCGAUCGACUUUGUCGUCACGGAUACGAUUUCCGGCAGCCUCAACAGCGAUGAAACGCAGAUCACCCAAAGCACGAUCUCCAGGUUUGCCUGCCGAAUCGUCUGUGACAGGAACGCGCCAUACACAGCCAGAAUCUUCGCAGCAGGAUUUGACUCUUCGAAAAACAUAUUCCUUGGGGAAAAAGCAGCCAAGUGGAAGAACCCCGACGGGCACAUGGAUGGAUUAACAACCAAUGGCGUUCUAGUCAUGCAUCCAAGAGGGGGAUUCACGGAAGAGUCUAAACCCGGAGUCUGGCGGGAGAUCUCCGUCUGCGGCGACGUCUACACUCUCCGCGAAACGAGAUCGGCUCAGCAAAGAGGCAAGCUAGUAGAAAACGAAACCAACGUCCUGCAAGACGGCUCUCUCAUCGACCUGUGCGGCGCCACGCUCCUGUGGAGAACAGCGGACGGCUUGUUCCACACGCCCACCCAGAAACACAUCGAGGCCCUGCGGCAAGAGAUCAACGCCGCGCGGCCCCAGUGCCCGGUGGGGCUGAACACGCUGGCCUUCCCCAGCAUCAACCGCAAGGAAGUGGUGGAAGAGAAGCAGCCCUGGGCUUACCUCAGCUGCGGCCAUGUCCACGGCUACCACAACUGGGGCCACCGCAGCGACACGGAAGCCAACGAACGCGAGUGUCCCAUGUGCAGGACCGUCGGUCCUUAUGUGCCUCUCUGGCUGGGCUGCGAGGCUGGCUUCUAUGUCGACGCCGGCCCCCCGACUUACGCUUUCACUCCCUGCGGGCACGUGUGCUCGGAGAAGUCUGCCAAAUACUGGUCCCAGAUCCCCCUGCCCCACGGCACUCACGCGUUCCACGCCGCCUGCCCUUUCUGCGCUAUCCAGCUCUCCGGAGAGCAGAACUGCGUCAAGCUUAUUUUUCAGGGUCCGAUCGACUGACGCCGUCUUACGGACGAACGCCGACAAAGCUCGCUUUGUUAACAGUUUACUGUGAAGAUAAAGAAAAUUUGCCACUAAUGCUAGAUUUUACCCUUUUUUAUAGGAUUGUUAUUAAUGAGGGACUAGGGGGGGGAUGGCAACCGGGGGGGGGGGGGGAACGGGUAACAUGGGAUGCGGAGGUACACUGAUACCAGGAACCAAACCAAUAUCGGUGGCAUCCCGUGCUCAGUAGAGGCAUGGUCACAACGACGUCUUCUCGGUCAAAUUGUAGUAUAUUUGUAAUAUUUUUUCUUAGUACCCUCGAUCAGGAGAAGAAGAAGAAGAAAAAAAACGCCGAUGUCUUAAAACGAUUUUUUUAAUCUUGGAUUUUUUAACAGAAACAGUUUUUCUUCUAAACUUUUGGCAAGCCUUUAAGACGCGUAUUUUUUCAAACCGAAAAGGAAAACGUACAGAAUGUAAUUUUGUCUCUUUCUUUUCCUCCUCCUUUUAAUUUGCAAUGUAAUUAACUUGAAUAGCUUGUUCUCGUGGAGGAUGUACCCGAAUGGGAGGGCGAACCUGGGUAAAUGCUCGGUUGAAGGCGUGCGUUUCAAAGAAGCCGUGAGCAAGAAGGGGGUUGGCUUCAGGAACAAGAGCACAAAAAAAAAAACAAAAUUAGAUAACUCUCCUGUGUAGUCUAACGCAGCUGUUCAACAAACGAAAAGAUUCAAAAUUACUUGAAAUUUAGGGAAUCGUUAUCUGAGGGCCACUUCCAGUGUUACGUUCUUGUGGUACCAUAGUUACCCUUGCAUGUCACUCCGGUCUUUAAAAAUAUAUGGGAAGGGUUAAAAUACGGGUUCUCUGGUCCCACCAAUGCACAGAACGUGUUUCUUGGUGUAUGAAAACGGUAGUUCAUGAAUUUUGACUCUGGGAAUUUUCUGAAGCAGCUCAGCUGUCCACCGUUCUCCCUGCCUUUUUAUUAACUCCACACAUCCCAAAAUCAAUCCCAGAAAUCCUAGCGUUGGGCUUUUUCACUGCUAACUUUAGACCCCGUAAUAGGUUAACUGCUGGUGGAGCAGGAGCUCUUCCUCUGUGGCUUUAUCCCAGGCCUCCGCAGCAUGCUAGAAAAGCCAGAACUCUAGGAGCAAGAGCUGGCGCGGCAGAGUCUUAUACCUGCUCGUGCGGUUCCAUCCUGUCAGACAUUUCCGUCGCAGCCUGUCCGUAAAUCCACGGAACGGCUGCUCCCACAGCCAGCGUGGCAGUGUCUGGAGGAUUCUUGUGUGAUGUGCAAAAGCCACCUUUUAAUUGAAAUCCGGUGCCAGCAAGAGACCAGUCAGCUUUUCCCAGUUUUGAAUUCCUUUUUACACAUAUCCAAUCAUGGUCAGCGCUGGGGUUUUUGCUGCCCCAGGCCGCCCCGACAACCAUGCCCCCCCCAUGGGGAUCGGAGUGAGGCUGCGCGGCCCCUUUCGCCUGCCCUGUUACAGGCCGCGGGGCUGCUGUGCCUCGCUCCGAAACUGCCUCCCUUGCAAGAGGAGACUGCCUCAGAGUGAGGCCGUUCUCCUCCAAACCCAGCUAGAAAGCCGAGCUUGGAGGAGAGCACACAUUGGCCCGCAAUGGUGGGAGUGGUGGGAGAGGGCGCCUGAAGGCACCCUAUGGCGAGGUGGUGCCCAAGGCAACUGUCUACCUUGCGUACUCCCGCCCGCCAGCCAUGUAUCCAAUCGUCUUCAACAGUGUUCUCCUUGUCUUCUCCCGCCCCCUGGCCAGUUCUUCCGUUCAGCUUUCCCUCCGCUUGGCGUAGUCACACGCGUGUGCGUUGGGCCAGUGGGCGAAAUUGGGAAUGUCGCAGUUCCUGUAUGAAUCCCGCUGAAGCGGCUGCACUGCCGGGCGAGGGAGAAGCCUUGGGUCUGUCUCUGCAGAACGGGCGUAUGCUGCCCUCGAUCCCAUUGUUAGCGCAGGCCGCUCACGAGUCUUAAUCGCCUGCAGGAUUCCUAGCGGCGCAUCGUAUUUUUAAGCAUUUUGGUAGUUAUUUUGAAAUCACCGAUUUAAAAAAGCACGCUAUUUUCGUAAGCUUAACGUCCGUGACACAAAACUUUCACGUGUGUGCGCUCUCCCAUAGUCGUAACGUUAUUGGUUUGUUAACUUCUCCCUCUCUCACUUUUUCCUCACAGCCUGUGUAGAGCCCUGUUGUAUUUCAGUUUGUUUUUAAAAACAAAACAAAAAAAAGCGUCACCUACUACUAUUAAACACACAAGAGGAGUGAUUCAUACGGUUUGAAAUCCCAGAUUAGUUGAGGGAGGGGGAAAAAGCCCUACUCAGCCUUCAAAUUAGUAAAUUGGGAUUUGUGUGUGCUUUAACUCUACCCUUAUUAGCGUUUUCAUUUGUGUUAGUGGCAUUUUGUAUGUUCUCUUUCUGUACAUGUGGUAUCAGAGGUAUUUUUUUUCCUGGGGAGUGGUGUCAGGGAAAGACCCCUUGGCGAGGAAUUUAUGCCCCCAACGGAGCCGCCCAGCCGAAGUCUCUUUUUACGCUCAGUUCACAGCAAUUCCUACUAUCUUUGUGCCCUUUGUAUAAAUAUAUAAUUUAUAUGAUUUUAAUAUAUUGUGUAUAUACUUGAAUUGGCCUGUUCAUAUUUUGGAUGUAAUAUUGUUUUAUAGUUAACCUUUUAAACAUUUUUUAAAAAGAUGUCCGCCGCCCGUUUCGGCGAUGGGGCAUGGUGUUUUUAUCUGCUGCUGUUUAAUACAAUUUUGCUGUAUAAAAAAAAAAUAAGCAUUUUAAAUUGAAAA